AACUCGGUGAAGAAGGAAAGAAAGAACUGAAGACUUGAAAGACCGAUGCUCACAGCGUUUGCAAGUCACGCGCGCUCUCACGUUUUCGCGUUUGUAACUGUCCCAACAAUCACGCGCCGCCUCCGUAUAAAUACCUUAUCAUCACGUUCACGUCGCAUAUCGUCUCUCUCCUCUUCUUCUCUUCUCAUUAGCGAAAAAAACUUCUCCAAUCAUCGAACCCACAAGUCUGUUGUUACUAUUCUUCCUCGUUCUCGUUGUUGUUCGAGCUCCGCGGUUAUGGGAUCUUCUUCUGCGUUGGGCGACCGGUUACAUUAUCCUGAUUCCCGUCGUGAUGAUUCCGUCGUCGAUGACUACCACGGCGUCAAGAUCGUAGAUCCGUACCGUUGGAUGAUCUCGAUGCUGAGCCAGAGGUCUUGCUUGAUCCGAAUACUCUUAGUGAUGAUGGAACAGUGGCUUUGAACACCUUUUCUGUUAGCGAGGAUGCUAAGUAUCUGGCCUAUGGUCUUAGUGCUAGUGGUAGCGACUGGGUGAUAAUUAAGCUGAUGAAGAUCGAGGACAAGAAAGUGGAGCCUGAUACUUUAUCAUGGGUUAAGUUUACCGGCAUUACGUGGACGCACGACAGCAAAGGAUUUUUCUAUGGUCGCUACCCAGCUCCCAAAGAAGGAGAGGAUAUCGAUGCUGGCACGGAGACGAAAUCUAACCUUUAUCAUGAGCUGUAUUACCAUUUUCUUGGCACCGAUCAAUCUCAAGAUAUCUUGUGCUGGAGAGAUCACGAGAAUCCUAAGUAUCUGUUCGGCGCUGAAGUCACUGAUGAUGGGAAGUACCUAGUCAUGAGCAUUAGCGAGGGUUGUGACCCUGUCAACAAGUUAUACUACUGCGAUAUGACUUCAUUUGCAGGAGGUCUUCAGAGUUUCAGAGGAAGCAGCAGUUUUCUUCCAUUCAUUAAGCUUGUUGACAAUUUUGACGCGCAAUAUAGUGUUAUCUCUAAUGAUGAGACUCUGUUUACUUUCUUGACAAAUAAAGAUGCCCCUAAGUACAAAUUAGUCCGGGUUGAUCUAAAGGAACCAAACAAUUGGACUAAUGUUGUUGAAGAACACGAGAAGGAUGUCCUAGCAUCAGCUUGUGCAGUCAAUGGGAAUCAACUGGUCGCAUGCUACAUGAGUGAUGUAAAGCACAUUCUGCAAAUUAGAGACUUGAAAUCUGGUUCCUUGCUUCACAAAUUACCUCUUGAUAUUGGUUCAGUAUCUGAUGUUUCUGCUCGUCGGAAGGACAAUAGCUUUUUCUUUAGCUUUACUAGCUUCCUCACUCCUGGUGUGAUUUACAAGUGUGACUUAGCCAAUGAAUCUCCAGAAGUUAAAGUAUUCCGGGAGGUUACUGUACCCGGAUUUGAUAGGGAAGCAUUUCAAGCCACUCAGGUCUUCUAUCCCAGCAAGGAUGGAACAAAGAUACCAAUGUUUAUUGUGGCGAAAAAGAAUAUUAAGCUUGAUGGAUCACACCCAUGUUUGCUCUAUGCAUAUGGUGGGUUUAACAUAAGCAUAACACCGUCAUUCAGUGCCAGCCGCAUUGUGCUUAGCAAGCAUCUCGGUGUUGUUUUCUGCUUUGCAAAUAUCCGGGGUGGUGGGGAGUAUGGUGAGGAAUGGCACAAAGCAGGUUCACUUGCCAAAAAGCAGAACUGCUUCGAUGACUUUAUUUCUGGGGGAGAGUACCUCGUGUCUGCUGGUUAUACACAACCGAGCAAGCUGUGUAUUGAAGGUGGCAGCAAUGGUGGACUCUUAGUUGGUGCUUGCAUAAACCAGAGACCAGACCUUUUUGGGUGUGCUUUGGCUCAUGUGGGCGUCAUGGACAUGUUACGAUUUCACAAGUUCACCAUAGGUCAUGCCUGGACUUCUGAUUAUGGCUGCUCCGAGAAUGAAGAGGAGUUUCAUUGGCUUAUAAAGUACUCGCCUCUGCACAAUGUGAAGAGGCCAUGGGAGCAACAAAGUGAUCAUCUAGUUCAGUACCCAUCCACUAUGUUACUGACUGCUGAUCACGAUGACAGAGUUGUGCCACUUCACUCUUUGAAGUUGCUUGCGACGGUUCAGCACGUGCUGUGCACAAGCUUAGAGAAUAGUCCACAGACAAACCCCAUAAUUGGUCGUAUAGAAGUCAAGGCCGGGCACGGAGCUGGUCGUCCAACUCAAAAAAUGAUUGAUGAGGCAGCUGAUCGGUAUGCAUUCAUGGCAAAGAUGGUGAAUGCUUCAUGGACCGAGUAAAACAAAGUCCCUUACCUACAGGCAAUUUCUCAACUAGUUCUGUCCCGAAAAAGGUUGUACGAGUCACACAUAAACAAGAUCACAUUUUUUCAGUUUUUCUUUUGACAUUCAUGCUUUACGGUCCAGUUUAUGAUGUCCCUUCUAUGCUUGACACCCAAAAUUAGGGUAGAAGAGACUUAAGAGUGGGUAACGUAAUGAGGAUUGUAUUGAACAGAUUCUUUUCGAAAUCCCGAACAGAAAUGUAGCAGUCAGUUGAAUAUUUGAGAUUGGCUCGGUU